UGUGGCUUUAGCGCACCACCACCACCUCCGCAGAUGACACACGCAGAGGAGGAGGUGACGGGGAUUAGAGAGGAGCCUCAUCAUUAAACGAUAAUAUCAGGAAAAAUGGGAAAUACGGACUCAAAGCUACAUUUCAGGAAGGCGGUGAUACAGCUGACCACAAAAACACAGCCUGUGGAAGCCACAGAUGACGCAUUUUGGGAUCAGUUCUGGGCUGAUACUGCUACCACCGUGCAGGAUGUGUUUGCCCUACUGCCCGCUGCUGAGAUCCGAGCCGUCCGGGAGGAAUCGCCCUCCAAUCUGGCGACACUGUGUUACAAGGCGGUGGAGAAGUUAGUUCAGGGAGCCGAGUCUGGCUGCCCCACAGAGAGGGAGAAACAGAUUGUGCUGAACUGCACUCGUAUGCUCUCUCGAAUCCUGCCCUACAUUUUUGAGGACCAGGACUGGAGAGGGUUCUUCUGGUCUACCAUCCCUGGUGCUGGCAGAGCGGGGAUGGAUGAUAUGGAGGAUGAAGAUGAAGGCGCCCGUCCACUGGCAGAGUCUCUCUUAUUGGCUCUGGCUGACUUGCUCUUCUGUCCAGACUUCACUGUUCAGAGCCACAAGAAAGGAAGACCUGACUCGGUUGAGGACAUGCAGUCACUGGACAGCUGUGAAUAUAUCUGGGAGGCUGGAGUGGGUUUCGCUCAGUCGCCUCCGCUCAACUACAUCCACGAUAUCAACAGGACUGAGCUGUUGAGGUUACUGCUCACCUGUUUCUCAGAGGCCAUGUACCUGCCGCCCACAUCGGAUAACAGUAUUCUUAACCCCUGGGUCACCUUCUUCUGUUCCACUGAAAACAGACAUGCUUUGCCUCUCUUCACCUCCCUGCUGAACGUGGUGUGUGCAUAUGACCCGGUGGGUUAUGGGAUUCCCUACAACCACCUGCUCUUCUCUGACUACCGUGAGCAGCUGGUGGAGCAGGCCGUGCAAAUCCUCAUAGUGACUCUGGAGCAUGAGGGCGGACAGCCGUACCGCCCACCCUCCCCUUCCAGCAUGGAAGACCAGGAUUCUGUUGGCCCAAAUAACCUGUUCGUGAAUUACCUGUCCAGAAUUCACAGGGAGGAGGAUUACGACUUUGUGCUGAAAGGUUUGGCGCGCCUGCUGACCAACCCACUCACUCAAACAUACCUGCCCAACUCAACCAAAAAGAUCCAGUUUCACCAGGAACUGCUUGUCCUCUUCUGGAAACUCUGUGACUUCAACAAAAAAUUCCUGUUCUUUGUGCUGAAGAGCAGUGACGUGUUGGACAUAUUAGUGCCUAUUCUGUAUUACCUGAACGAUGCCCGAGCUGACCAAUCACGGGUCGGUCUCAUGCACAUCGGCGUCUUCAUUCUGCUGCUGCUGAGUGGAGAGAGGAACUUCGGUGUGCGUCUGAACAAGCCGUACUCGCUUCAUGUCCCUAUGGACAUCCCUUUGUUCACGGGCACACAUGCCGACCUGCUCAUCGUGGUAUUCCACAAGAUAAUAACCAGUGGCCAUCAGCGUUUACAGCCUCUCUAUGACUGCCUGCUCACUAUUGUGGUGAAUGUGUCUCCCUACCUGAAAAGUCUUUCUAUGGUUGCGGCCAACAAGCUCCUUCAUCUCCUGGAGGCGUUCUCCACAAACUGGUUCCUGUUUUCUGCACCUCAGAACCACCAUCUGGUCUUCUUCUUGCUGGAGGCCUUCAAUAAUAUCAUUCAGUACCAGUUUGACGGUAACUGUAAUUUGGUGUACGCCAUCAUUCGGAAGCGCAACGUCUUCCAUCAGCUGGCCAACCUGCCCUCCGACCCUACCACCAUUCAGAAGGCCUUGCAGAGGAAGAGGAAAUCUCCAGAUGCUAUUUCUCGCACCAGCUCUCAGGAGACGGUGUCUAUGGAGGGCUCACGGCCAGCUGUGCCAGCUGAGCCCGGCACUCUGAAGGCCAGUCUGGUGGCCAUGCCAGGCAUCGAUAAACUGACGGAGAAGUCGCAGGUUUCUGAAGACGGUACUAUGGUAGCUGUGCCACAGAUAGAAUCCCCACAAACCCCUGAACACAGUGCUGCUGCUGGAACCAGCGACACAGAGUCCAUCUCAGGAAGAGACAAUGAGGAUGUCUUCUACACUGAAGCAGAGAUGGCAAGGAGACGCCUGUCCAGCUCAUCCUCAUCUGCCAUCAGCCACUGGAAUCCUAAACCAGACUGGGUCCUGUCCUGGAAGAGCAAACUCCCACUGCAGACCAUCAUGCGCUUGUUGCAAGUGCUGGUGCCACAGGUGGAAAAAAUCUGCAUUGACAAGGGUCUGACGGAUGAAUCCGAGAUCCUAAAGUUUCUUCAGCAUGGCACUCUAGUGGGUCUGCUGCCUGUGCCCCAUCCCAUUCUCAUCAGGAAAUACCAGGCCAAUGCAGGAACUGCCAUGUGGUUUCGCACAUACAUGUGGGGGGUCAUUUACCUGCGUAAUGUGGAUCCGCCCAUCUGGUAUGACACCGACGUGCGUCUCUUUGAGAUCCAGAGGAUGUAAGAAUGAGCUGUAACCUGUCGGUCAGUGAGAACCCGCAGACUUCAUCUUGCCUUGUCAUUUUGCUUUAACCCGUUCCACUUCCCCAGAGAAGAGGCGACACAUCAUAGACUGUGAGACUCCACGAGAAGUGCCCAAAGCUGCCGGGCGGCCUAUCAGCGGUCUGUUUGCUCUGGCUGGUGU